UUCUUUUUUUUUAAACUACGGUGUGUGCCCGAUUCGUCUCGUCUCAUAGGAAAGGGACGGUGUAGGUCAAGUUUCGUGUGAGCGAGCACUUGGAGCUUGCGAGCCAUUAUGGGUCGCAUCUCGCAGCUCCCCAUUGGCCCCCCAUCACGCCCAUUCAAGACUCCAACACGUUGGACCGGAUCUCAGCUCGGUGUUCGUUGGAACACAUUCAGGGUGCCGUAUCUCGACACGCUGCGAACGAGAGAGCGGCUCAGUUGCAUCGUAGGCGUUGGUUCCAGUGGUCAGAGGGCAAAGAUGGUCCGCUCAAGAGGCAACGGGCCAUUCGAGACCAAGCGAAGAGAUCUAACACGGUCGUCAACAGUGCCUCUGUGUCUCCACUGCCCACCGACGAUGCUGACGAGGACGGGACUUCUGCGCCACACCCAGUCGACGAAGCGACGAGGCAGUUCGAAAAGUUGGAGAAGAACCUCCCUGAGCCUUUUUGCUACUUUCGCGAACCCGGCGGAUGACGAGGCAAACGACGACGGCGAGGCGUGUAAGACGAGGAACCAGCACGAAGGCACAGCGGCAACAGAGGACGGCGACGAUGAAGUGAAUAGGAAAAAGGAGGACGCGAUCGCUGUCCUCGGCAUCUCCGUUUUUGCUCGUCCUCUUCGGGCGUAUCCUAGCCGGUCCUACCACAACCGCGUUGCUGCAAAGAGCUCGUUUGUGGAUCAGUGUCUCUACAGGCUUAAGCUUCCCUUCGGUGCUGAUGGAGAUGACGAAAGCGAAGAAGGCGACAUAGAACAACCGCCCCCCGACUUUCCACCGCGAGAUGAGGCCGACCACAACGAUAGGCAGGGGAAAGAAGAUCGAGACGAUGAAGGUGUCAGCCCGAGGCGAGGCAAAGAGAAGGGAAACAACUAUCUUUACGAGGAAGAAGCAGAGCUGGUGCAGAAGCUUGAGGUUCGGAGCGACAUGACGCUCUUGCAACUCAGAGACGCACUGUACUGCCGCCUCGAUGAUAUGCCAGAGGUGCACGAGUCGAGGGGGCGUCUCGAGACAGUGGUGGACCUCCAUCGUAGCGUGCUCGCUGGUGCAGACGCCCUUAGUGCAGCUAGAAGAGAGGCCGAGGAGAGAGAUCGGUCACCUCUGUUCUCCGGCAGGAAGCGCAGGACGGACAGCGUCUUCCUCAUCGAGGGUCAGCUCUACAGCGAGGAGCGAAUCCACAAAGAUGAUGCCGACGGAUGGAAUCAAAGCUAUGCAUCCCUCCUAGCCAGUCACAUGGAGAAGGAAUCCGCCGGCAAGACUCCUCCUGCGGUUGACUCGUGCAAGAUAAUGGGCGACAUCAAGCUCUCGGAGCUGGUGGUCUGUGCGGGCAAACCAUACUGGUACCUGCAUCAGGGCAGCUGCGAACACAUCUGGGCCAUCACGUCUGUCAGAGCGCUUCAUCCCCGCGACAAGCCAAGGACGCAUGGGGGCCAGGCACCCGACACUUGGGAAUUUCCCAUCACCACGCACCUGCCGCUUGGAUGGACGAAGAGGGCAGCGGUCCGAUGGUCUCACCCUGGAAAGGGUCACUCUGAAAGCUACACCCUCGAGGUGUGCUCCGUUUGCGCACGCAGACCUAGCGCCUUGCUCAUCAGCGGAGGCUCACGUGUGCAAGUCAGUCAGCCUCAUCACACAGAUGAUGGUGGAAAAGGCUCCUUACUGGGAGGACUCCCCCAUGACGUCGUGCCCUGGUGCGAGACGUGCUGGGAGCGCCUCAUAGGGAACACGCCUCCGACGACAGACGACGUCGUCGAGCGCUGUCAAGACGGAGAGGCCCUCUCUGACCAGAGCAACAGGAGCUGGGCCAAGGCUGGAGGCCAUCAUUGGACAGUGGUGCCGAACUUGGAUUAAGUGGCCCUGUCACCUUUUCACUGUAUUCUAAAUACCACCAAUACCACACAUAGUAGUAGUAGUACUUCUUGGAUCUAUCUUCGGAGCCAUCGCUAGUCGACGGAGGCCACUCAUUAAGCUUUAGCGCGUGGCAGGUUGCCACGUGCGGGAAAACAACG